GUUCAACUUCACUCGAUCAUCUGCAAUUCGAACAUUUCAGACGUAUAAGUCGCCAUUCUUUCAAGAUGUCGACUCUUACUCGUACAUUCAGAAAUCUGUGGCGGAUUGGUCUCAAGGAAUAUGGGCAUCAAAUGCAGUACAUUGGUGAUACCAAAGCUGGCACACUGAUUGCCACCGACCGUUUUGGAAACAAAUACUACGAAAACUUGGAGGAGGAACUUCCACUGCGUACUCGAUGGGUCGACUACAAGGAAAAGGAAUUUGACGCUGCUCAGGUUGAACCUGGCUGGCACGCAUGGUUGGCUUACAUGGUUGACGCUCCCCCAACAACCGACAAGAUUUUACAAACUGGUGUGCGCCAUUGGGAACUCCCAGAGCACCGCGCCAACUUGACCUUGUCUCGUGGUGCUUACAAGACAUACUCAACUACUCGCCCCAAGUAUUCUGCAUGGCAACCAGUUGCUGCACCUCGAUAGAUCAAAUCUCAAUGAGAAGCACUUCAAGUUUUUGUUUCUAUCAUCGCUUCAGCAAUACAACUUCAUUGCUGCUGUAAAUAUUUCUUAUCUUCGCGUUCGAUAGAGCAAUAUAACAGUCAAGUACGUAUUCA